AUGGACCUGCGUGAACAACUGGAGAAUACCGAGAGGAACUGGAAUAAAGAAAAAAUGGAAUUGCUGGAGAGAUUUGACAAUGAAAGGAAAGAAUGGGAAUGUCAAUGGAAGGUCAUGCAGAAGAAAAUAGAAGAGCUUUACCAGGAGGUAAAACUUAGAAGGGAGAGCAAUAUGACCAUCCAUGAUAGCAAGGCCAUUCAGAGCAAGAUGCUGCAGCUGUCCAUGCAUUCCCCUACUUCGCAAGAGAGUGACUCAGUGGAGCUGAACCAUCAACACAGUGUGGCAAACAACAGAAUGGAGAAAGGGAGUCUGCUCGGUAUAACAGGACACAAAUGGAAGGAACCCAGAGACAAGAGCAGAAACAAUACUCUGUUAAUGGACAAUCUGGCCUUUGAGAACCAUGAGGAACCUGAAGACAGCCUCUCCAUUAGAAAUUCUGAGCAGAGUACCAAGAAUUAUAUUGGUGAUCUCAAUGUAGCUCUUAAAGAACUUGCCAGAGUCAGUGAAGAAUUAUGCAGCUAUCAAGAGGAAAUUCGAAAGAAGUCCAAUCACAGAAGAAUGAAGUCACUUCCUUUCCUGGGGGAAUUUGAGGAAACCCAAAACACAGUUAUUCUGCCUGAGAUGAACCAUGUGUCCAGCAAUGAAUCACAGACUUCAGUUGCUUUUGAAACAGAGGAACAUAAUAAUAGGAAGAAUCUGAUGAGCUCCACCAAGGCUUUGAAGGACAUUUCUUAUGGUAGUCUUACUGGUGACAUAGGAACAGAUUUCAGACCUUGGCAAAAGAAAGAAGCUCCACCAGUUCCUCCACGGAGCACUUCUCGGCACCUAACAAACUCACUUUCUGCAGUUGUACAGCUUUCAGAAGCACCCAUAAGAGAUUCAGGCAUCAAAAGCAAUUGCAAGGCUCAGGAUUGUUGGAAUGGGGGGAAACUGAGGAAUCCUUCACCUGUAAACAAAAAUAAAUCUGCAGUAGCCUGUGCAAAUGAAGGGCAGGCUGUGAAAGUCCCUGUGAUGGUAACGGCUGCAAUACCUGUAACCAAAAAUGAGUGCAAUGUUCCAACAAGCUUCUGCCACAACACAUGGGCUUAUGAUAUGGGCAAGCUUGGAAAAGACAAUAAAAAUGAGACUUCCCCACUGUCAGCCCAAAAGAGUUGUUCAGAUGGAAAUAUGGCCCAAAGCAACAAGAUGCAUCAGAAACAAAACACCAAGUCUCACAGCAGCCCUUUUUACAGUAAUGACUUUUAUGCCCCUGCUACCUUGCACAAUGAUCUUUUGGAAGACACUAGGUAUGCUUUGGGAAAGACCCAAAGAAAUGAAAUGCUAGCAGCAAAGAUUGAUGAGUUUAAUCGGACUGUAUUUCAUACAGAUAAAAGUAACAAUGCUCUGCAGGAAAAUCAGGUGCCUCAGACAGCAUCAGAAGAUCACAAACCCUGUGGUCCACUGUGUGACUCCGCUACCAGCAGGGCAGAAAAUGUAAAUAUGUCUUGUGUUUCAAAUCCCAAGCUCUCUGCAGCAAAGGAGCAAGAAACUAACAACCCCAGUAAAGCUGUCAAGAGAGCAGGGCAACAAAAACAUGUGAAUGGACUUCCAAAUACUAGUGGUUAUAGGCACAUGCUUCACGAGCAUGACUGGAGGCCAAGUAAUUUAUCCGGUCGCCCGCGUUCAGCUGACUCAAGGUCGAACUAUGGUGUUGUUGAAAAGCUUUUGAAAACCUAUGAAAAAUCAACAGUGACUUCUCCAUGUAAUGCAAAAUUCUGCAAAGAUAAGUGGACACAGGCAAAUUCUGAAUUCACCAAUGGGGGUUGCGAGACACUGAGUCAGUAUUUAGAAAUGCUCCAGAUUGAGCAAGAAAAGCAAGACUUUCCAAGGAAUUCAGCCAGGCAUAUUGGGCAGCAACUCAAGCAAGGAAAAGAGAGACAGAAGUUACCAGAGCAACCAGUUCCGCACUGUCGUGUUUUGUCCAAGAGUGACCCCCACCACAUGCCGGACAAAGCGUUCUGA